ACCAGGCAACAGCAUGCUCUAUCUCCAAGAAACGGCCACAAACAGAAACUUUCAAGCUCUGAUGUAAUCAUUUCAUAAUCAUUUUUGUUUUUUAAAAAACAUUAAAAAGAAAAACAAAUUCUUCAAUUUUUCAGAAUCUCAAGGCUCAAACUACAAAGAGAGAGGAGAUUCAGAUAUAGACUCGGGAUCCGGAUCGUGAAGGAAGAAUGGAGAGCCAAGGGAAUUCGGACGCAAAGACGCCAUUGCUGAAGAAGCAGCAGAUUGGGGAGAGAAAGCGGAGCGAGUUACUGAGUCCACGAAACUCGGUCAGCACGCUGAGAAACGAGUUCGUUUCGAGGUUACCGGCGAAGGUGCUGUCUGGAGUUGAUGCGGAGGCUCCUUUUGACAUCGACAUGUCCAAAACCAAAGGCUUAAGUGGAGGAGAAAAGGAAUACUAUGAAAGACAAUUUGAGACCUUGAAAUCCUUCGAGGAAGUCGAUUCUUUAGUGGAUUCCGAUUUCUUAAUCGAGGAAAACAAUGAGGAACGCCAACAUGAAAGAGCAAUGAAGAUCUCUAAUUACGCAAAUGUUGUUCUGCUGGCAUGUAAGAUCUAUGCUACAAUAAAGAGUGGAUCCAUUGCCAUUGCUGCAUCAACGCUAGAUUCUUUGCUUGAUCUCAUGGCUGGUGGCAUACUUUGGUUCACUCAUGUGGCAAUGAAAAACACAAAUAUUUACAAGUACCCUAUUGGAAAAUUGAGGAUGCAGCCGGUGGGCAUAAUCAUCUUUGCUGCCGUAAUGGCUACACUUGGUUUCCAGAUUUUGGUCGAGGCUGUAGAAAAGCUCAUUAAAGACAAAGCGUCUAAAAAGAUGAGCACGGUGCAAUUGGAAUGGUUGUACUCAAUUAUGAUUGGUGCUACUCUGGUUAAACUAGCCCUGUGGCUGUACUGCAAAAGCUCAGGAAACAAGAUUGUCCGUGCCUAUGCAAAGGAUCACUAUUUUGAUGUGAUAACAAAUGUAGUAGGAUUGGUUGCAGCUGUUCUUGGUGAUAGAUUCUACUGGUGGAUUGACCCUGUUGGUGCCAUUCUCCUUGCUGUUUACACAAUCUCAAAUUGGUCCGAAACUGUCAUGGAAAAUGCAGUUUCACUUGUGGGAGAAUCAGCCUCUCCUGAAAUCUUGCAGAAAUUGACUUAUCUAGUCAUAAGGCACCCUAAAGUCAAGCGUAUCGACACAGUUCGUGCUUACACUUUUGGCGUACUUUAUUUUGUUGAGGUUGACAUUGAGCUCCCUGAAGAAUUACCUUUAAAAGAAGCACACACUAUCGGAGAGACCUUGCAGAACAAGAUUGAGAAACUCCCUGAAGUUGAAAGAGCAUUUGUUCAUCUUGACUAUGAAUGUGAACACAAGCCAGAACACACCGUUCAAAACAGGCUUCCCAACAACACUUAGCCUUGAUUUUUAGUAUCUCACUCAUGCCAUCAGUUGACUUCUACAAGCUUUUCUUUUCUGUCAAUCAUAUUGUUUUCGUAGUAAAAUGAAUCAAAUUUUUGUCGUCGGGAGGAUGAGAUAGCAAUACUGUUAUAGCACUUAUAUUCCUGGUGGAUGAAAAAGGUUUACCGAGAGUACACGAUGAGCGGAGGCAAAUAGUUGUACAUCGAGGUUUUUGGCAUAUAUGUAAUGUUACAGGGAUUGGGAACCUUCAUUCCUUACUUCUGAAGGAAGUGAGAUGGAAAGUUUUCUUGCUUGUUGAAGGUUCUCUUUUAGUA